AUGGCCGCCACCGCGCAGUACCUGCCGCGCAGCGCCGCGCUCAUGCACCCCGACGGCGACCGGCUGCACCAGGGCACCACGUACCGCGAGGUGCAGAAGAUGAUGCACCACGAGUACCUGCAGGGGCUGGCCCCCGCCGCCGGGCACGCCGUCGGACUGGCGCACCACCAGUGGCUGCCCAGCGCCGGCACGGACUGGGGCAGCGGCGGGGGCGGCGGCGGCGCGCACCUCCCGCCCGCCGAGCACGCCAAGGGCGGCCCGCCGGGGCCCCGCGAGGAGCUGUCCGCCGCCGCCUUCCACCACCGCCCGCCUCUGGUGCACCCGCCGGCGGCGGCGGCGGGCGGCGCGGCGGGCGGCUGGGCGCAGGGCGGCGGGCACCACCUGCCGCCCAUGUCCCCGCCGUCGGGGCAGCCGCUGCUCUACGCGCAGCCCUACGCCGGGCUCAACGGGAUGCUGGGCCCGCCGGCGCCGGCGCUGCACCACGGGCUGCGCGACCCGCUGGGCGCCGAGGAGGCGGGCGGCCACGACCUGGCGGCCUCGCCGCCGCCGCUGGGGCCGCCCGAGCCGUCGGACGAGGACGCGCCCAGCUCCGACGACCUGGAGCAGUUCGCCAAGCAGUUCAAGCAGCGGCGGAUCAAGCUGGGCUUCACGCAGGCCGACGUGGGGCUGGCGCUGGGCACCCUCUACGGGAACGUCUUCUCGCAGACCACCAUCUGCCGGUUCGAGGCGCUGCAGCUGAGCUUCAAGAACAUGUGCAAGCUGAAGCCGCUGCUCAACAAGUGGCUGGAGGAGACGGACUCCAGCACGGGCAGCCCCACCAACCUGGACAAGAUCGCGGCGCAGGGCCGGAAGCGCAAGAAGCGCACCUCCAUCGAGGUGGGCGUCAAGGGCGCCCUGGAGAACCACUUCCUCAAGUGCCCCAAGCCCUCGGCGCACGAGAUCACCUCCCUGGCGGACUCCCUGCAGCUGGAGAAGGAGGUGGUGCGGGUCUGGUUCUGCAACCGGCGGCAGAAGGAGAAGCGCAUGACGCCGGCCGGGGUCCCGCACCCGCCCAUGGAGGACGUUUACGCACAGGCGGACACGUCGCCGCUGCACCACGCGCUGCCCGGCGCCGUGCAGUGA